AUGGGCAGGCUGUAAGUAGCAUCGCUUUCUCUUCAUUUCCGGGGGGUGGGGUGAGUCUGUUUCCCAGCCAAGUUGUCCUGGCCAAGUCCCCAAUCCAUGUAGGUUGGAUCCACUCUUGUCCUUGAGAUGGCUACAUGUCUGGCACUCAGAGACCAGGAGGGCAGUGAUUAUCACCCAAGCAGAAGGGUUGCUGUGUACGUGGUCUCAUGCUUCAGGGAUGAUGGCUGCCCCUAGCCAUGUCCCAAGUGCCUCCUCUGGUAGCCAUCUUCCUUCUGAGCAGAACAGCAUUGGAACGGUGUCAAUCUGAUGUUGGAUUGCUUUUAUAUGAAUAUUUGAAGGCUUUUCCGCUGCAAGAGUAGGCGAGUGCUACGACCAGAUAUCUUUUCUUCUUCUUCUUCUUCUUCUUCUUCUUCUUCUUCUUCUUCUUCUAUCACUCAUAGCCGAGUAAGAUUGACUUCCAUGAACAGUGAGUUUUAAUCGUGAGUCCAUAAGUGAUUGUGGAGGCCAGUUCUGGAUCCACACGUCCUUCCACAGUGCGGACAUAGUUUUCUGGGCAGGAGUUGAUCACAGUGAGGGUUUGCCAAGAGUGCUUUCCUCUUAGCUUGUUUCUUCCUUGCGUCCUGAGUUCAAGUGUCUUCAAAGCCCAUGACACCAUUGGUAAAGGCUGUUCUUCUAUUGGAGCCCUCGCAGGCCAGUGUUUCCCAGCCAUUGGACAUGACCAGUCCAACGAAGUUGAUGUUGAAGAAUCAUUGCUUCCACACUGGUGAUCUUUGCUUCUUCCAGUACACUGGCAUUAGUUUGCCUGUCUUCCUAAGUGAUGUGUAAAAAAUUUUCAGAGACACCAUUGAUGGAAUCUUUCAAGGAGUUGGAGAUGGCGUUUAUAAGUGGUCCAUGUUUCACAAGCGUACAGCUGGGUUGAUAGUGCAAGAGCCUAGACUGAAACUUAAAAGACUAGUUUCAAUGGACCAAGAAUGGUUUUCAUGGCUGGUUCUGACUUUCCCCUUUUCCCAGUGGGAAUUCCUAUUUGUAGAGCAGAGGCCAUGGCUGGUCGGCAGCUGCAGUGCCUGUGUGCUUUGUUCUGUUGUUGUUGUUGUUUAGUCGCUUAGUCGUGUCCGACUCUUCGUGACCCCAUGGAUCAGAGCACGCCAGGCCCUCCUGUCUUCCACUGCCUCCUGCAGUUUGGUCCAACUCAUGUUGGUAGCAUCGAGAACACUGUCCAACCACCUCGUCCUCUGUCAUCCCCUUCUCCUUGUGCCCUCAGUGCUUUGUUGUAGAGGGUGCUGUUUUGUAGUGCUCACUGGUUGCUCUUGGACAGUUCUUUGGAUAGUCUGAGCGGAUUGGUUGAGCGCCUUGUGAGUGAAAGGCUCAGUCUUCAUUAGGGCAAAUGUUCUACCCUUAUUUAUGGGAGCCUUUGGGAUAGAAAAAGGAAAGGAUUGUGUCAGGAUGUGUUUUGUGGGGAAAUUUGCAGAAGUGAAGGUGUUGAUUUGGGGUACAGUUGGAGGGGGGUAUGGUGCCUGCUGGAGGGGGAAACCCCCGCCACCCUUUCCAAAAAAAUCCGGUAACCAUGUUAAGAAUGACCCAAAGCUCUCCCCUCUCCCUAUUCAUUUCAUUUGCUUCAUGAAAUUUAUACACUGCUUGACUGCAUGAAUGAGGGGACCAGGUUCUCUGGGUUCUGACAUGGCCGUAGCUCUUGAACCCAGAGCACUUGGGACCUCCUUUCUCUCCCUGCCAGCCCUUCAUGCUCUGGGCUGCCUCUUUCAGGCUCUGAUGAUGCCCCUUCAGGUCACUGAACUGCAGAGAGAUGGAAGGAAUUGGUCAUGAUGAGCCGGCAAGGAUCGAUUAGGCUCCACAUAUGUAUUUCUGUUCUGCCAGUUUGGCAGUGGUUCACUGUUUUCUCCAGACGCCCCUCCUCACACACAAACACCCCUCAAGAAUUGGGGCUGCCGGCAUCUGAGUCUCUCUCUCUGCUCAUCUCUUCUAGGAUCAGGUGCUUAAGGCGCCUGUUCAGGCGCUGCCACAGGGUGGCCCCCCAGCAAGACCCAGACCAGCCCAUGGCGCCAGGUGAGCCAGUGGCCCUUCUUUUUUGGACAGAGGAGGGCAGGAAUGGGCAUGGGGGCAACUAGUCCAAGGAUGCGAAAGAGGACUCACCUCUUCCCAUGUCCUUCUGUUUGCAGUUCUGCUGCGGUUCCGCAUCCCAGCCCCAGGGGUGAGUAUUGGAGAAAACAAGAGCAGGGACUGGAUCCCUCAGACCUGCCCCCCACUGCCCGGGCUCUCUGCUCCCCACUCUGCACUCUCAGAUGCGGAGAAGCCCUCCCCUCACGAGGAACUGACAGUCUGACUUUUGCAUUUCAGCUGCUGGAGGAUGAACAGAAAUACCUCCUGGGGGUCAUCCAGAGCUGCCAGGCAGCUGAGCUCAGGGGGCUCUGAUCCCUGAAGUACUCCAAGCAGGAGACGGCCCAAGCCAUUUUGGUGAGUGAUGGGGGGUGGGGGGGGGAAGGGGCUGUGCAUCUGCGGAGAGGAGGACCCUGCCAGCUUAGGGCAUGGGGUUGCCAUUCCCCUGCAAAGCCAAGCCUGGUGUUUGAGGUCGGAGCUGAUUUUCCUCCUCUGUUCUCUUCCAGGACAUCUUGUGGCCCUUGGAGCACUUCAGGGAUCGCCCCCUGACCCUGGCCCUUGCCUUGGAGGCCCUCCUCCAGCUCAGGGGAGUGGGGUCUUUGGCGUGGAUGGGGUUGUGGGUGGGGGGCAGAACUCUAGGGGGAAAGAGCAGGCGGGAGGGAGAAGGGGGCAAGGGAGACUCUAACCCUCUCCCUUUCAUCUCUGCAGUACGAGGAGGCCCAAAUUCAGCUGCGAUAUGAUCAGUGCCAUCCUGCACAGGACGUCGGAGGCCGUGCUGAAAGGGGCCGAUGAGGAGGAGAGAGAAGAAGUAUGUCCUUGGUUUUGACUUCGCUUCAUGGCUCUUUCUUCUUUUUCAUCACGCACUUGCAGAAUCGAACCCAGCAUUCAAACUCUCUUCUCUCUUUUCCCGCAGGAACUGAAGAGGCACUUCCGGCUCCUGCUGGGGAGUCUCCUUAUGGAAGCCCCCAACCCUGGCACCCUCCUCCACCUUCUCAGUGUAAGUGUCCCGAUGGCAUCAGGGGAGGUUUUAAGGUUGUCCUGUCCCCCCAUCCCUUACCCAAUGGACUGCCCCAUUUCUGGGGCACAGAGCCUGUUUGGCCCCCAAUUUGGUCCAAGACCAAAGCUGGCAAACCCUCAUGGUCCAGAAGUGCCAGGGACUCCGUGGUGGGGGCAGUGGGGGCUGCUUUGGCCCAGACUGGCCCCUGACUCUGAGACGCUCUUUCCUGCUGCAGGACUUCCGAGGAUACGCCCUGGGGGAAAGUGGGGAGGCUCAAGGCUCAUUUCCUUGCUGCUGGCCGUUGCCCGGUGUGGCGAUCACACAGGGCCCCUGGACGUUUCACGGUCUAUUGACCCUGUGCCACCACUGCGAUAGCUUUCUUUGCUGCCACCACCCCGCUUCUCACGGGGACACACGGAGUCCAGACAGUUGUUAACAUAAACAAAUAAUCAAGUUUAUUUUUAAAUGCAGGAACAAGCGUAUGGUUGCAGUUUAUUUGUCUCUUGUCAGUUUCCUAAUCUUAGUUCCUAGCAACUCCAAACUGAAUUAUUCCCCACUGUCUAUCUAACUCAACCUAACAAUUUCUCUCACUUUCUCACAAUACAACUCUACCAACCCACACCUAAUCCUCCCUCUUCCUUCUCCAACACCCAAGCCUCAACUCCCAACUGACAAACCUCAACUGACUUUCAAAACCUCCCACUCUAUCUUUUACUCCCCCCCUUGCAUUCUCACUGGCCAAUCACAUCACACCCAUUUUAACCCUUUCCUUGACCCAUCCUAGGAGGCAAACGCCACACCCGGAAAUACCCCAACCUCAGAGUAAGUCCCUUGCCUUCUUCUAGUCAUUUCUUUGGUUACUUCCAUCCCCCCAAGAUCACAUCCCCAAGUGAUCUUUAGCACAGAUGAUGUGGGGUGUGUCCCUGGGAGCCAGGAUGAGGCCAGAGGCUUUUCCUGCCCCCUUUCCUGCUGCUGCCCUUCCACCUCUGCCCAGGAGGCUGCAGGGCCCAGGGAGGUCCUCCGGAACAAGGGAUUGGGCCCAAGACAGAGGGAGACCCAUCCUUCCUGACUUGGCACUGCUUCUGUGCUCUCUUGCUCCCAUCUGACCCCGAUUUUUCUUUCGUCUGCAGACGACAGUAGUUCGGCUGGACCUGGCUUGCUUCCGCCUGAACCCGAAAGAAGGUAAGCCCCCACACCUUGGAGACAGUGACCUUUGACUAAAGGCCUGUGGGGAAAUCUCAUUUUCAUUUUCAUUCUCUUCUCAUUCUCAUUCUCUUCCAUCCAGAUGA